AACAUUCAUGGAACAUGAAAAUAUCAUUGGCUCGUGUAAUAUGCUAUUAUUUUUCUGGCACAUGAUUUGUUUCCCUUUGAAAUCCACGAAUUAUAUGCACCUUUUCAUUCCUCGCGUCACAUAUACAUCAUCAUAUGGCUAUUUGUGCCUUAAUAUAUAUAGCUUAUAUAAUUCUGUGAAACCACAUGAAUAAUAUCAUUGCUUUGGUACUACUCAUAGGAAUAGGUACAUAGUGUUGUUGUAUCCUCCAAUUCUUUCUACAUAAAAAUGGCAACCACAGUAAGUACUAUAUGCAAAAGAACCGUGGUGAGCACAAAGGCAGUUGAAGCAGGGAAGUACCUACCCUUAUCAGUUUUGGAUCGUUUGAUGGAGAAAAACCGUAUUAGGAUGGUGUACUAUUACCAAACUUCAGGAGAUUUAGAGCUUGGAAUAUUGACCAAGAAGUUGAGAGAGACUUUGUCAGAGAUGCUUAUUCAUUUCCCUAUAGUGACUGGAAGGUUGUUAAGAGAUGAUGUAGGGCAUUGGAGGAUCAAGUGUAAUGAUGCUGGUGUUAGAAUGGUGGAGUCAAAAGCUAAGGGGAGUGUGGAAGGGUGGCUAAGAAAUGUGGAUAGGGAAAAGGAACUCAAACUUGUUUAUUGGGAAGACAUUCCUCAAAAGCCUUAUUAUUGGUCCACUUUUUAUGUCCAGCUGACUGAAUUUGAAGAAGGUGGAUUAGCAAUUGGCCUAAGUUGCACUCACCUCUUGGCAGAUUCCAUUUGUGCAACAAGAUUCAUGAAGACUUGGGCUGACAUUUCAUUAGGCAACAAAAUGAUUUCUCUUCCAAUAUUCCAUCCUUUACCUUCUCAAAAAUCACAAAACAAAAAACUCAAUAAUAACCAAUAUAUGGGCUUAAUAGCUCACUAUAAAUCUUCAAUUGAGAAGCCCAUUUCUAUCAAGGAAGCAAGGUACACUACCAUUUCCAUGGGCUUUUCAGAUCACAUGGUUCAGGCUUGCAUGUCCAUGGCCCAACCCAGUGGCCCAUCAAGCCCAAAACCAACAACACCCUUUGAAGCACUAGCAGGGUUAUUUUGGGUCGCUUUAAGCAAGAUCAAAGGAAUUAAAAAUGGGCUUGUUGACAUGUCUAUAUGUUUGGAUGUAAGAAAAAUAUUGGGCUUAGAUAAAGGAUUCUUUGGGAACUCCAUGAUAUAUAAUAAGGUGCAUUUAGAAGGAAAUUUCAAUUUGGAUGAGAACAAAUUUCCACAUGCUACUAGGGCUAUAAGGGAUGUUGUGGCUACAAUUGACAAUGAGGGAAUUAUGGAUCUAAUUGAUUGGUUUGAAAAUAAUGAUAUAAAUUCAUCACCAAUGAUGAAUGGUCAUGAUUUGGUUUGUACUAGCUUAGAGAAUGUGAACCCUUAUUUAGCUAUGUUUGAAGAAAGAUUAAAACCAAUUCGUGUGUCUUAUUACAUAGAGCCAAUUUUUGGUGAAGGACAUAUUUUGAUUUUCCCAACACCACAUGAUGAAGGUCCCUUAGGAAGGGUAGUAAUGGUGACACUUCAAGAAGAGGAGGCAAUUAAGCUUUGUGAAGAUGAACUUAUUUCACAAUUCUCACCCACUAUCUUGAUGAAUUGUGUCAAUAAAUAUUAAUCAUGCUUUAUGUAUAUGUCUGUCGAUGUCAAUAAUGAUGACAUUAGCUUGAAAUGAAAUAAAACUAAAUUUGGGUUUAA